CUUCACCAUUUCCCUCAGCAAUCCCAAGCCGGCGUCGUUCCUCUUCCCCACAGGCCUCAACCAAUGGCGACCGUCGUAGAAUCCCAUUUCCCCUUUCUUCCCGCCUUCCUCUUCCCCGACUUACUGCUUUUGCUUCUUCUACCCAUACUUUCCUUCCUCCUCCUCUCCCUCUUCCUACUCCGCAACCGCAGGCCGUCCGUCCAACUCCCCCCAGGCCCAAAGCCCUGGCCCAUCCUCGGCAACAUCCUCCACGUCGGAUCCAUGCCCCACGUAGCCUUCGCCCGGCUCUCCCAAGUCCACGGCCCACUCAUCUCCCUCCUCCUCGGGACCCAGCUCAUCGUCGUGGGCUCCUCACCGGAAGCAGCCAGUGAGAUCCUCAAAACCCACGACCACGAACUCUCCGGCCGAAGCGUCCCCCACGUGUCCUUCGCUCGUGACCCGGAGCUGAACCGCGACUCCAUCGCCUGGUCCACCCACUGCACGGACCACUGGCGGUCCCUCCGCUCGAUGGUCCGAGCCGAGCUGUUCACAUCCAAGGCCGUGGACCAGCAGUCGGGGAUAAGGGAGAGGCAGGCUCGGGAGAUGGCUCGGUUCCUGAACCGGAGGCGAGGCGAAGAGGUCCGGAUCCGUGACGUGGCGUUUGCCUACACGUUCAACGGCCUGGCCAGUGCUUACGUGUCCAGGGACCUGAUCCAGCUGGAAGGCGGCGGCAGCGAGCGGAUGAGCGGGGUCGUGAGAGAGAUGAUGGAGCUGUACGCUGCUCCGAAUAUAUCGGACCUUUAUCCGUCGUUGGGAGGUCUCGACCUCCUAGGUUUGAGGAAGCGUACGGAAGAGUGCGUGGCGAAGCUGAGGGAGCUGUGGGACCCGUUCAUCUCCCGGCGGAGGGAGGUCAAAGAAAACGGCGGCCGCGGCUCUGAUCGUGACUUCCUGGACGCGAUGCUCGACUCGGGGUUUUCCGACGAGGCGAUCAAUUACACCUUUCUGGAACUGUUAGCGGCGGUAUCCUACACAACAAGCUCGUCCAUGGAAUGGGCCCUGGCGGAACUCCUCAAGGACCCCGAAACGAUGACGGCAGCUCGCCGGGAGUUCGACGACAAGUUCCCCAAAGGCCACGUCAUCAAAGAAUCCGACCUCGCCGACCUGCCUUACCUCUGCGCAUGCGUGAAGGAGACCCUACGGCUCCACCCUCCGGCGCCGCUUCUGCUGCCACGUCGGGCGGCCACGGACUGCCACGUCAUGGGCUACACGGUACCCAAGGACGCCCACGUGUUCGUCAACGUGUGGGCGAUGGGGAGGGACCCGCGUUACUGGGAAGACGCGCAGAGUUUCGAGCAGGAGAGGUUUUUGGUGGGUGGUUCAGAGCGUGACGUGGAUUACAAGGGCAGCCACUUCGAGUUCCUGCCUUUUGGUAGCGGGAGGAGGAUUUGCUCCGGGCUGCCAAUGGCUAUAAGGAAAGUCCAGCUGGCGGUGGCGACUCUGGUCCACGGGUUUGACUGGUCGCUGCCGGCCGGGAUGGCGGCGGAGGAGUUGGAGAUGGAUGAGAGGUAUGGUGUCACGUUGAUGAAGCUGAACCCAUUAGUCGUCAUCCCAACUCCAAGGGUUUAAGUGUGCAUGGCAGCAGCAUGGGAGUACUUCUACUUUACAUGUUAAUUAAUUAAUAAAUGUCUACUUAUGAAUAAGCUUCUGCAGGUAAUGGUUUGUAUGUAACGUGUGCUCUCGAUCUAUUGUAUUUUAAUUGUAAGGAACGAAGAAGAGACAUUUAUGAAUAGUGAAUGUGUAGAGUAAUUAAUUCAUCAAAUAAAAACAACAUAUUACUAGCUACAAGUUUUCUUUUUGUUUGUAUAAACAACCGUGAUGUGUUUUGAUCACAUCAAGAAAGAAUUGAAUACAUAAACAUUCGUUGUAUAUAUUCUUACGUACUAUCCAACUAAAUUUCUUUUAUUGUAUAUAAAACUUCUCAUAUUACAUAAAGGUUUAGUAUUUGAAUCCUAUAUACAUUGGCGGAGCUAGGUUAAGGGUUGUGGGGUCCAUGGACCCCAAUUGGAAAAUGAAUAUACAUUAAGAAUGGUGGAUUUUUAAGAUGGGGUUAGUAAAUUUAGAACCACGGACCCCCUCUUUCCGAGAAAAUGAUUUUACUAUCGAGUCAAACUUCGUAUUUGAUUAUGUUUGGACCCCACUAAAUUAUAUCUCUGGCUACGCCAAUACCUAUAUAUUACACCUAUAUGGGGUUAUUGAUUUUUCAAUAAAUUAAAUUUUAAGUGAAUCUCAUGACAAAACCAAAUAGUACAGACUCCACCGUUAAAAAAAGUCGCUUAACAUUUUAUGGCGCUAGCUCACGUUCUUACGAAGGCGCAUAUGGAUCAAGGAAGCUAGAAUCAACGACACUUAUUUAGCUGUUGUGGGAAGUCCCGAGCACACCUUGCGUCUAGAGCCUUGCCAAACAUUUAAUUGUGAGUGCAUUUCAAGUCUAGAGUAGUAUCAUCUUUUUACCUUGCCAAACAAGACCUUCUACAUUGUAUACAAGAAGAAAACGUCGCAUGCACGGUAGGAGUGUUUUUCAUUAGUUAUACACAUCCUUUAAGAAAUUGGUUAAGUAUCAUACAUACUACAUAGCCCUGUAUAAUAUCCAACAUAAUUUUCUCCCAACAACUCGAGUUAUUGGGAGCAACUGGUUCUUGACAUGUUAUCAGAGCUGAUAUGUCCUUGAGGUCAUUUGUUCAAGUCCUCACGACCCCCAAUAGUAACCGUUGUCUUUCAAGCACAUGGUAUGGCAGGCCUGUGCAAACUUCAAGCCCAUGAGUCGGCUUUUGUUUGAGGGGACGUGUAAGGAAGUGGUUAAGUAUCAUACAUAGGCCUGUAUAAGAUCUACCAUAACCUUCCCCCAACAGUCCUCUCUCCCUACUGAGUAUUGAGACACCUAUAAAAGAUAAAAAAACGU